GUCAAUACUCCCUGGUAGAGCCGGACGGUUCGAUCCGGACCGUGGACUACACGGCGGACUCCGUGAACGGUUUCAACGCGGUCGUCUCCAAGUCCGGCCCAUCUGUCCACGCGGCGCCCCCACCACCCCCGCCCCCUCCCCAGCAAGUGAAGCCGGUGAUCCGGUUCGUGCCGAAACCGAUACCGGUACCAGUCGAGGUGCCCAGCCAGUACUUCAAUCAGCAGGCGUACCCUGUGCCUGCGUCGUUCUUGUUCCCGAAAGUGAGCCCUCAGUUCCCCGAGUACGACGGAUUUGAAGCGGACGGGCCAUACGCAAACUCUCCUGGAACCUUCUUUUAG